AUUCUCCCUCGUACACUUUCACUGAUCAACAUUCAUCAACAUGAUGAUCGUUAAAAUGAUUAUGUUGAUGUGUUUGGCACAAUGUUUGGUGUGUAACAAGCUGCUGAUGUCGGAACCAGCACCAUCAAACAACCUGACAGAUGAAGCUGCUGGAGGAACAGACGAAGAACCAAGUGAAACUAAGGAAAUGGAUGAAACGACUGACACGACGACGACUACUGAACAGGAUUAUGAACCGGAUAACUAUGAUUAUGGAGGAUUUAUAAAUUUCAUUUUACAGCUUAUUACCCUGGUUCUCCAAGACCUGUUUUCGUUUGGAGCAGAUCCAACACAAGAUAACAAUGUUACUACGCAAUCUUGAAAUGAGCUUCAUGAAGUUCACGAUAUUCAUUCACUUACAUCAGUCAAACAAACUGGUGUAUUUUGUUUAAAAGAUUUUCUUCUACGUAUACAUCAACGAACUAACGUAUUUUUUUCAUCAAUAAUCCAUAUUAUUCUCGUAUGUAACUCAUGUGCUAUGUUAAAUGUAUCACAUUGAUUAGCAUUUUCAAUUGUUUUAUGUAGAUGGUUUGUUUAUUGUCAAUGAUUAGCUCAUUUAAUAAAUUUGCACUGAAAUAUUUUGAUUAAGACAAUCAAUACAAUAAAUUU